CAUCUAUUCACAGUGCAUCAUUAGCUCUGUAUAAGUAUAUGGGUCAGACUAUUGUUGGAACAGAAAAGCAGGUGACAUUAAUCAGAAUGAUGAACUCUGUACAAGACAAUUUAAACAGCAGCAACGAGUGGACAAUUAUUACUAGCGGAAGUUUUGGAGAAGGUCUGAAAAUGCGAGGUAGUGAUGUAGAUACUAUGGAGGUUAUGAAAUGUAUUGAAGUUUGUGAAGCCACAACUAUUCCCUUUAAUCAUGAUACAAGUUAUUUUACAAUCGAAACAAAGGAUACACCGCCAUGUUUCACUAAGUUACGUCUAGUACACACUGUUGAUCAGAGACUCUUUCAACUCUGUGAACAAAUAGGGAGUGAUUAUUACCUUUCGAGCUCCUCAUUUAAACAACAUUUUUUAUGCGACAAUUUCCCGACUGUUCACGGCCCAUGUAUAUCCGAUAAGAGAGGAAUGCAUGACCUAGCAUUCUGUGUACAUAGUAAAUCUUGGAUUAUACCAGCCAAACAAUGGAUUAUCCGAUCAACAAACUCUUGGCCGGGUUACGAUAUUACACAGUCAAUCGUUAAACACGGCAUACUAUUUGUACCAAUAGGUGUUAAAGGAUCUAUAAAAGAAGAUUUAGAAUGGCGAAUAUCUUUUUCAGUUGCAGAAAAACUAUUAAUUUAUACAUUUACACAUACACAACUGUCAUGUUAUGCAGUGUUUAAAAUUCUUCUUAAAGAUGUUAUAGAUUUAGACAUAGAUUGUAAAGGAUUGAUAUGUUCAUAUUUCAUGAAAACAAUUAUUUUUUGGAUAUCUGAAGAAAUAUCUACAUCAAUAUGGAAACCGAAAAAUUUGAUAUCUUGUUUCAUGAGAUGUUUCAGGAGGCUUAUUUAUUGUGUUGAAUAUUCAGUUUGUCCGCACUUUUUCAUUCCUGAGAAUAAUUUAUUUGAAAAUAAGAUAGAAGGACUCAAAAGGGAGAUACUUAUAAAAAGGUUGAUUUUUCUAAACAGUUAUGGUUGGCAAUGCAUUCUAUUUUCAGACCAGCUUUCGAAUUUUCAUAAACCGCCAUUCGAUAUUAUCAAAAAUCAAAACGUUGUUGAUGACAAUAGUGUUAAACAAUUUUCGUAUUCAAUAAUGUUUGCAGGAGACAAUGUACCGACUCCUUUAAAAGUUACAUUGCAAAAAGUGAUACAUAAGCUUUUUUCGAUUAAGAGUUCGAAAAUUAAAAACGUAUACACGUACCAUUUAUCAAAAUUUGUCUGUAAUUGUGAUGAAUUGAGUAUAUCUGAGGGUAUAUCCUGUAAUAAAUCUACCUAUAUGCAAUAUACUAUCUGUAUGAUUGCACUUCUAAUGGCCACACGACAAGAUGCUGUUUCGGGUUGGCUCUUGUUAGCUUCAUUGUUCUAUAGAUCAAAACAAUACAAUACAGCUGUAAGUAUCCUCAAAUAUUCACUUUUAAAAUGUACACCUGAAAAACUUUACCGAGAAAUGAAAUUGUCGCAUAUUCAUUAUGCGUUCUUUAAUUUAGAUUUUUUCAGGAAGAUGACUUUUAUUAAGCGGACAAUGUGGCAUUUAGAUUGUGUUGGAUUUAAUAAAAACUCUCUGAUAAUACCAAAUGAAUUGCAUACAGAAGUAGAGAAGAUGGAAUAUCUAAUACCACCAGUAGUAUAUGCACAGUAUCUUCGUUUCCUGUGUCAUUACCAUCUUGAAAAUACCGAUCAAUGCCUUGAUUCUCUCCGAGAUCUACGAUUGACUAUAGAGAGAAGCUAUUUCAUUGUAGAUUCCCCUCAGAAAGCUGUAUCGUACAAUAUCUUAGGCAUAAGUUUCCAACAGUUAGGAGACAUAAAAUCAGCGAGACAGGCAUUUAUACAAUCAAUUCAAUUAGAUCCAGAUAGAGAUGACAAUAGCGCGUUUCAAAGAUUGUCAUUGAUUAGCUGACCAUGAUUAUUGUUAUGUUGGUGUGUUUCUUUAUCUUUGCUUACCAGAUCAUUGUAUGUAAUCUGUGCACAAAUGUGUUGUUCUAAACUAUAAGGAAAAAAAAACUUGUAGUGCUGAAUGGCAUGGUAUAUAUGCAUAUAUCAUGUAUGAUGUUAUGAUAUUGUAAUUAUUAUGUUUUUUAAUCUUGGCCUUAUUUGUUUUGUUUGACUUGAAAGAUGUUUACAUUUGGUUACAGUUGUUUACAAAAUAGUGUUAUAAUUAUGCCGCUCGAAAAUCACUGGAACAAUCAUAGAUACUGAUUAAAUGGUUAGAACUUUCAUAAUGAUUUAGGAAUGGUCAUAGUCUACAAUGCGUAAUUUAAACUUCUAUAGUUUACUACAAGAUUCCCUUCUACAUUGUUCUUACAGUUUCUGUGGUAACUAUAUAUACAUACACCAACAUGAGUCUUAUUGAUACAUUAAUAUACUUGUAUUCCCAGAAGUUCUCUGGAGUUGUUGGGUUGACAUUAGUUUUUACGAACGACAUCAUACUAGAUUGUGUACUUAUUGAACAUACAUAUAUUACAUUGGAUUCCGUACAAUUGAUUGAAGAAAACCUGGCAAAUCAAGGACAAAGGAUCAGACAUGUUAUAUUUUAACAGUUAAGUUGACAUUUUAAUUUGUAUAAUACUUUUUGAAAAAAUUGUAUAACAAAUCUUGUUAAAUGUUAGUGUUGAUUUGUGUCGUUUGUUGGCUAUAAUUUAAAUUUGAUUUCUGACGGUAACAAUAACUCAAUUGUUAAUUGUAACCUUAACAAGUUUAAUAAAUAAUUUGUGUUUUUGUUUGUUAAUAAAGUGUUCGGCUAUCUCAA